UUAAACGGCACGUUAGUUCCCUGAUUCAAAGGUUAGGGACUAUCAGCCGUCACAUGACGCCCACAGUGGGACGUGGCUGCUCAACUUUUAGACUUUCAAAUAAGUUCCGGACUAAUGUUUAAAUUGCAGUUAGAGAUUAACUGAGCAGCAGCUGCAGGCAGUCCCACAGGAAGCCCCGCAGCGAGCAGACCGAUCCACUCUGACCGCCCCGCCAUGCACUGUGUCCGGGCCUGGACACGCGUGGCCCGCCUCUGCAGCGUGGAGUACCACGGAGCGUGGAAAAGAGGCCUGAGUCAGACAGCAGCCGCUUCCAGGCUGGAUCUCAGCGGUAUUUAUCCGCCUAUUGCCACUCCGUUCACCGCCAAGGAAGACGUGGAUUAUGAGAAGCUGGAGGAAAACCUGCAGAAAUAUGCAGAGAUCCCUUUUAAAGGUCUGGUGGUUCAGGGCUCCAAUGGUGAGUAUCCCUACCUGACAGAGGAGGAGCGUGUGGAGGUGGUGAAGGCGGUCAGACGCUCCUCGCCGAGGGGGAAGCUGCUGAUGGCGGGAUCGGGCUGUGAAUGUAGGUGAUCAACAUGAAUGAGCAGCUGGUGAUAACGAGCUGCUUCUGUUUAAUCUGUUUGGAUUUGAAUGUUUCGUGAAUCUUGAAAUGAAUCACAUGAAGAGUUUGAUUUACUCACAAAUAGAACAAAACAAAUAGGAAAAC